AUGCAAUCUACCGAAUCAGAUAAGGAAAUCAGCAAGUUGCCAGAGAAAAGGAAAAAGAUAAGUUUUAAGAUUGGCGGUGGUAAGAAUGAAACUGACAUGACGUUUGGGGUUGAUUUGAAGAGUGGGAUUUGUAAUUGGGGGAGGAGAAUUUCGUGCCAAAUCUAUGAUGUUGACAGGGAUUCUUAUAUAGUUACUGGGGAUAAAUUUGAUUGGUUAACAAGUUUUGAUCUGUGCCGCUUUUGUUUGAGGUUGAAAUAA